AUGGUCCAAAUCAGUGAAGUCAAGGGCAACUCGCGCGAGAACAGGACCGCUGCGCAUACCCACAUUAAGGGCCUUGGACUCCGCGCAGACGGUACCUCUGAGACAACCGCUGAUGGAUUUGUUGGACAAGCUGCUGCCCGAGAGGCAUGUGGCGUUGUAGUCGACCUCAUCAGAGCGAAGAAAAUGGCUGGACGUGCUGUUCUGCUUGCAGGUGGUCCUGGUACCGGAAAGACUGCACUUGCUCUCGCUGUUUCACAGGAGCUUGGAACGAAGGUGCCUUUCUGCCCGAUCGUUGGUAGCGAAAUUUACUCCGCAGAAGUCAAGAAGACCGAAGCCUUAAUGGAGAACUUCCGAAGAGCCAUUGGUCUACGAGUGCGAGAAACAAAGGAGGUUUAUGAGGGUGAAGUUACAGAGCUUACUCCAGAGGAGACUGAGAACCCUCUCGGUGGAUAUGGACGCACAAUCAGUCAUCUGAUUAUCGGUCUGAAGUCCGCCAAAGGUAGCAAGAAGCUCCGCCUUGAUCCCAGCAUCUACGAAGCAAUUCAGAAGGAACGUGUCACCGUGGGUGAUGUUGUUUACAUUGAGGCCAACACUGGUGCUUGCAAGCGUGUCGGACGUUCAGAUGCCUACGCGACUGAGUUCGACCUCGAGGCAGAGGAGUAUGUCCCCGUACCAAAGGGUGAGGUCCACAAGAAAAAGGAAAUUGUGCAGGACGUGACUCUGCACGAUCUGGACAUGGCCAACGCACGGCCGCAGGGUGGACAGGAUGUAAUGAGCAUGAUGGGCCAGCUGAUGAAGCCCAAGAAGACCGAGAUUACGGAUAAGCUCCGCCAGGAGAUUAACAAGGUCGUGAAUCGGUAUAUCGACCAAGGUGUUGCAGAGCUGGUCCCCGGUGUGCUCUUCAUUGAUGAGGUCCACAUGCUGGAUAUUGAGUGCUUCACUUACCUGAACCGGGCCCUUGAAUCGUCUAUUUCUCCAAUUGUUAUCCUUGCCUCAAACCGCGGCAACACUGUCAUUCGGGGCACCGACGACAUUACUGCUGCUCACGGAAUUCCCCCAGAUCUGCUGGCCCGACUCCUUAUUAUCCCCACCACCCCCUACAGCUCUGACGAGAUCAAGACAAUCAUCCGCCUUCGUGCCAAGACAGAAGGUCUCAGCAUCACCGAGCCCGCGCUGGAUAAGGUCGCCGAGCACGGCAGCAAGGUCAGCUUGCGGUAUGCUUUGCAGCUGUUGGCGCCCGCUAGUAUUCUUGCCCGUGUCAAUGGUCGCCCCAGUGGAAUCGAAGCAGUUGAUGUGGCUGAGUGUGAGGAUCUCUUCCUGGACGCAAGACGGAGUGCCCAGAUAGUGAGCCAGGACAGCAGCUCGUUCCUGGCCUAG